GAGCUUCUUCUUGGGGCGGAGCUGGUUGGUGUGACCACACUUCUUCUUGCGGCAGUUGGUGGCACGGGGGGGAAGGCGGGCCUAAUCGGGUUAUCAAUGUUAGUGGGGGAAUUUUCGCUAGCCGGGACUCAAAAGAGGGGCGGGAUCGAGUCGAGGGGUAAGGAAGUAGCAUGGAUGAAUGGAUGGACGUACGUAGCACUUGCGGCAGAUGGACUUCUCGCAGUUGUACUUGGAGGCAAGAGCCUUAAGGGAGGGCUCGAUGAUACCACCACGCAGACGGAGGACCAGGUGAAGGGUGGACUCCUAUAGUCGAGAAGAUAACCCGUCAGUCAAACUAUAUCCCGGUGGAUUGAUGUCGCGUUGAAUGCCGAUAGUCGUGAAACGUCCAUGAAUGCGACCGUGCCGAUGUUACUAUUCCCCCUCCUCAGAACCUAGUUGCGUGUUGUGUCGCCCCCCACCGACCCGAAUCGCAUCAUGUUCGUAACCGACUAUCCGAGCAGACGAAAUCGACGUAUAAGAUAUUUCGCGGAACCGGUUCAUUUCAUACCUUCUGGAUGUUGUAGUCGCUCAGGGUGCGGCCAUCCUCAAGCUGCUUACCAGCGAAGAUAAGACGCUGCUGAUCCGGG